AUGGGGUAGCAUCUGCUUUUGCAAUUCCAAGCUUCUUCCUAUUUUUGUCAUAUAAAUGGCAAAGAAGGCAUUUAUCUAUGUAUGAUUCUAUUGAAGAAUUCUUGUAGAGUAACAAUAACCUUAUGCCAGUUAGGUAUUCUUACUCAGAUAUCAAGAAGAUGAUUAAUGGUUUUAAGGAAAAACUGGGGGAAGGAGGUUUCAACAAGGUUUAUGAAGCAAGGCCUAAGAGUGGUGGUCUUGCUACAGUCAAGUUAUUGGGCAAAUCCAAGGUCACAAGCCAAGAUUUUUUCAGUGAAGUAGCAACAUUGGAAGAAUUCACCAUGUCAACGUGCUUUGGAAUGUUGUUGAUGGAAACAGCUAGUAUGAGAAGGAAUUUAAACCCACAUGCAGAGCAUUCUAGUCAAAUUUACUUUCCUACUUGGGUUUCUCAACAAUUGAAUAAAGGAAUGGAGCUGGAAAUAACAGAAGCCACGGAAGAUGAAAAGAGAAUAGCAAAGAAAAUGAUCACUGUGGCUUGGUGGUGUAUACAGGUGAAACCAAGUGACCGUCCUUCGAUGAGCAAAGUGGUGGAGAUGCUUGAAGCGGAUCUUGAAAGUUUAGAAAUGCCUCCUAGGCCCUUCCAAAUGUAUCCAUAUGCAACUGAAGAAGAUGAUGCUAAAAUGAAAACCAACUCCACAGAGCUUUCUUGUUGCUUGUCAUAGUAUGUUCCAGAGAUAGAAUCAGAAUCAAUCAGUUUGAUUGAAAAUGAAAAUUAAGUGAAAAGGUUGCAGAGAAGGCUAAUUAAGUAGAUUUUUUUUA